AUGAGAUCCACCGCUAGAAACCUCCUCCUCCUCCUAAUCCAUUCUCUCUUACUCCUCCCGGCCACGGCGGUCUCGCCCGGCGAAGGAUCGCGAUGCAACGGCUCGAUCGCGGAGUGCAGCGCCGACGAGAUAGAGAUGCUGAUGGAGUCGGAAGUGAGCCGGAGGUUUCUGGAAGAGAGGAAGCACAUCUCGACCGGAGCCUUGAAGCGGGACGAGCCGGUGUGCAACAGCGGCGGCCCCGGUAAGCCGUAUACUCGGAGCUGUGUUCCGGAGCCUUCUAACCCUCAUGAUAGAGGGUGUUCAAGUUACUACCGCUGUAGAGAUGAUCAAUGA